AAAUCGAGAUCGCAAGAGUUGUAGGAUUGGAGGAUCCAUUCGAUAGUAUAUUUAAAAUCCAAGAUGUAAAUGAAGAAAACGCAAAAGAGUUGGAAAAAGAGCACUCAUCUGAUAUACAAAUGCAAGGUAUAGAUCAUGAGAAAUUAUCGUUAAAUAAACAAUUCGAGAUCGCAAGAGUUGUAAGAUUGGAGGAUCCAUUCGAUAGUAUAUUUGAAAUCCAAGAUGUAAAUGAAGUUAGUAAAACGAAUAGAUUAAAGAAAAGGAAAACACAAAAGAGUUGGAAAAAGAGCACUCAUCCGAUAUACAAAUG